GGACAAGGGGCAACAGCCUCAGGUUGUGCCAGGGGAGGUUUACACUGGAUAUUGAGAAAAUUCCUUCAUGAGAAGGGUGGUUAUUGGCACUGACACUGGCACAGCUGCCCAGGGCAGUGUUGAAGUCCCCAUCCUUGAAGGGACUCGAAAGCUGUGUGGGUGUGGCACUUGGGGACAUGGGUCAGUGGCGGCCUUGGCACUGCUGGGGGAAUGGUUGGACUUGUUGAUCCAAGAGAUCUUUUCCAGCCUUAAUGAUUCCAUUGACUCUGCCAUCAGUGCUGACUCUAAGCCCCAGCCUUAGCAAGGGCCUGGGGGAGCAGAGCAGCUCCAUUGGGCUGCUGUGGCUCCUCAGAAAAACUGAAGAGGUUUCUGCUGUGGUUUUAGAUGCUUUCCCAGCAUGGCUGUGCAAGCCCUGUGAUUUCAGCAGGUGGGAUUUCCAGAACCUUUCAAAGCAUUGAUGGGCAGCUGCACAGCUGCCUGUGGCUGGGCCUGUCCUGCUUCUCCAGGAGCUGCUGUCCCACUGGGGACUGAGGAGCAGGGCUAGGUGCUUUAUGGCAGGCUCUGGCUUGGGGCUGAGCUGGGAGGGUUCAAGGGUUACAGCCCUGAGGGUGCCUCUUGGUGGGGAUUUAAAUCCUGCAAAGAUUAACUUUAGGCAGAUGAGACUGGAAGCUGAGGUUUCCCUGUCACACCCAGAGCAGUGGUCCUGUGUGGGAGCUGGGAGCUGCUGUGGAUGUCAGGCUGUGCACAGGGAAGGAGCCUUGGGAAAUCUGUCUCCAACAUCCCUGUUGGGCUGGGAGACAGGCAGCUGCUUCCCUUCUGCCUGUUGUCCUUGAGGCAAGCUGUCUGUCACAAGCCUGGUUUCCCUCCAGUGAGCAGGAAAGUGGUUUCUCUUCCUCUCCAAGCACUGAGAGGAGCAAAGUCUUCCAUCAGACGGAGGUUGCAGGUGGACAACCUUCCCUGGAGACAGAUGGUUGCAGAGGGGCUGGGGAAAUACAGGUGGCCAGAGCCAGGACAGCUGCUGGAGGGUCACUGGGCACCAGGGAGGUGUGGAUCUAGUGGGAUGUGUCCCUGCCCGUGGCAGGGAGUGGAAUGAGAUGAGCUUGAAGGUCUUUCCAACCCAAAGGACUCUGUGAUUCUGACAGUGCUGAAGGUCCCCAGGCCAGGUGACAGGUGGCUGCUGGAACCAGUCCCUCAGAGGGGCAGCUGCCACCACCACCACUGGAUACUGGGAGUGUUUCUAGAGGCCAGUUGAACACCUGGCUCAGGGGGAAGUUGACCCUGGGUGGAGAAAGAGCUUGAAGUUCGCAGAGGCUCUUGAUGCAGAUGGAACUUCCUUUGUGUCAACUGAACUUGUGCUGGUCCCCCUGGGGGGUUCUGGUGCCUCAGGGAGUGGCCAUGGGACGUGGCAGAAGUGUAACCUGGUGUUCCUUUCCCCAGCCUACCUGUCUGGGGGCAGCAUGGCGCGGCGCCCGCGGAGCAGCCGGGCCUGGCACUUCGUCCUGAGCGGGGUCCGGCGCGAGGCCGACGGCCGGGCCGGCACACGGGGCUGGGGCUACGACUCUGACGGGCAGCAGCACAGUGACUCGGAUUCAGAGCCGGAGUUUUCCUCCCUGUCUCCCUCCAUCCCGAGUGCCAUCCCUGUGACUGGAGAGUCCUACUGCAACUGUGAGAACCAGAGUGAAGCUCCCUACUGCUCCAGCCUGCACGCCCUGCACCGCGUCCGUGACUGCCGCUGCGGCGAGGAGGAUGAGUAUUUUGACUGGGUGUGGGAUGACCUGAACAAGUCAACGGCCACGCUGCUGACGUGUGACAACCGCAAGGUGAACUUCCACAUGGAGUACAGCUGUGGCACAGCCGCCAUCCGCGGCAACAAGGAGCUGGCAGACGGACAGCACUUCUGGGAGAUCAAGAUGACCUCUCCGGUGUAUGGCACUGACAUGAUGGUGGGGAUUGGGACAUCAGAUGUGAACCUGGACAAGUACCGUCACACCUUCUGCAGCCUGCUGGGCAAGGACGAGGACAGCUGGGGACUCUCUUACACAGGACUGCUGCAUCACAAGGGGGACAAAACAAACUUCUCCUCGAGGUUUGGCCAAGGCUCCAUUAUUGGUGUGCAUUUGGACACGUGGCACGGGACACUCACGUUCUUCAAGAACCGCAAGUGCAUAGGGGUGGCAGCCACAAAGCUGCAGAACAAGAAGUUUUACCCCAUGGUGUGCUCAACGGCAGCCAAGAGCAGCAUGAAGGUGAUCCGGUCCUGUGCCAGCUGCACGUCCCUGCAGUACCUGUGCUGCUUCCGCCUGCGCCAGCUCCUGCCCGACUACGUGGACACGCUGGAAGUGCUGCCCCUGCCCCCAGGACUGAAACAGGUGCUGCACAACAAACUGGGCUGGGUCUUGAGCAUGAACUGUAGCACGUCAAAGCCUUCCUCCUCCUCGUCCUCGGGGAGCGACUCGGACAGCUCGUGCGGCUCGGAUGCGGAGGCCUGCCCAAGGAAGAGGUGCAGGAGGACAUAAUGGCUCUGCACAGCAGCUGGGUGGUGUUUGUUGUGUUGUCUGCAAGGGCCAGUCAAGUCUGAUGCACCUCUUCCUUCUGGGGACAUCCAUUUCUACGUGUUGGCAAAGAUUUCUCCAGUGCUGUGGGAAUCUUUGGCCUCGACAUCCAUCACAGGCAUUUAGAAGAGCUGCUGGCUCCAAGAGAUGCCAGCUCUGACACAAGAAAUUUGUGGUGAAAUAUCUGGGCUUCAUCUCCUGGCUUGCUAUGGAAGUCAGCACCUCUUCCUGAAGGAUCUCUCUUCUCCCUGUUGGCACAGACAACGUUUAAAAAAUUUGACUUGAUGACAGGAGUUAGACUGAUAAUUUCCAUGGCUCCCUUCCAGCUCAGGAUGUUCUGUGGUGAUUAAGGUGGCCUCCUGGUUGGAGUGUACUGGAUUCCAGUCAGAUAAUGGACCUGACUCCUCGAGACACAAUCCCAGGCCAGUUCUCUCCUCUCUGUGUGUGUAGGUUUGGUGUCUGCCAUGACCUCCUCCUGCUCUGGGGCACGACUGGAGCAGCAGCUGGAGGGAAAGAGCCCCCAGAGACACUGCUGGGAGCAGGAGCUGAGCUGUGGGUGGUUUUCCUGGAGCCCCUGGGGUCUUUGAAUUGCUUUGCAUGUUGGUUCCUGCUGCUUCUCCUCUGUCCAAGACUGUGUUAAACUGUAAUAAUAAAAG